CUGCAGCAGCUUCUAGAAGAACAUAAGAAGAGUGUGAGGAGGAGAUGUGAACGUGUGACUGAAGGAAGUGAUGAAGCAGGAGGAGGAAGCCUCCUCAACAGGAUCUACACUGAGCUCCACAUCACAGAGGGACUCAGUGAGGAGCUUCAGAGGGAACCUGAGCUGAAGCAGCUGGAGACAGCUUCCAGGAAGGAGAGCCUCCAUCACACUGCCAUCAGGGUUCAGGACAUCUUCAAAGCCUCGACCCAGCAGCACACACACAUCCGAGUGGUUGUGACCAGCGGCGUGGCCGGCAGCGGAAAAACCUUCUCGGUGCACAAGUUCAGUCUGGACUGGGCCGAGGGCCUGGAGAACCAGGAUGUCAGUGUGCUGGUGGUGCUCUCCUUCAGGGAGCUGAACCUGCUGGGAGAGCGGCCGUACAGUCUCCUCUCGCUGCUGGCUGUUUUCCAUCCCACGCUCCAGAAGCUGACGGCAGAGGAGCUGGCCGUCUGCAAGCUGCUCUUCAUCUUUGACGGCCUGGAUGAAAGCAGACUUUCUCUGGACUUCAGCGGCGGCCGGCGGCUGCUGGACGUCUCCCGGCAGUCUUCGGUGGGCGAGCUGCUCACUAACCUCAUCCGGGGGGAUCUGCUGCCCUCGGCUCGGGUCUGGAUCACUUCCCGACCGGCGGCGACCCAUCAGAUCCCUCCAACAUGUGUGGACAGACUGACAGAAGUGCGAGGCUUCACUGACGCCCAGAAGGAGGAGUACUUCAGGAGGAGGCUGAGUGAUGAGGAGCUGAGCAGCAGAAUCAUCUCCCACAUCCAGACCUCCAGGAGCCUCCACAUCAUGUGUGGAAUCCCAGUCUUCUGCUGGAUCACUGCUACAGUUCUGGAGCACAUGUUGAGCAGCGAGCAGAGAGGAGAGCUGCCCCAGACCCUGACUGACAUGUACUCCCACUUUGUGCUGCUUCAGACACACAGGAAGAAGCUCAAGUACCAUAGAGCACAUGAAACCAGUCAGAGAAAGCUGACAAAGGCUGACAGGGAGCUUCUUCUGAAGCUGGGCAGGAUGGCCUUGGAACAUCUGGACAAAGGAAACAUCCUGUUCUACCAAGAAGACCUGGAGCAGUGUGGUCUGGAUGUGACUGAGGCCUCGCUGUACUCUGGAAUCUGUACUCAGAUCUUCAAGAGAGAGUCUGUGAUCUUCCAGAAAGCCGUCUACAGCUUCGUCCAUCUGAGUGUUCAGGAGUUUCUGGCUGCAGUCUUCAUGUUCCACUGUUUCACCAGCAGGAAGACAGACGAGCUGAAGACCUUCAUCAAAGAGGAGGAUGAGAAUAAUGAGUUUAAUGAUGAUCCUUUCUCAUCUCUGGACAACUUCCUGAAGGUCGUCCUACAGAAAUCCCUCAGCAGUCCGAACGGUCACCUGGACCUGUUUGUCCGCUUCCUUCAUGGCCUCUCUCUGGAAUCCAACCAGAGACUCUUAGAAGGUCUGCUGGGUCCAACAGAGAUCCGUCCAGAAACCAUCCAGAGAGUCAUCCAGAACCUGAAGGAGAUCAGAAGUGAGGAAGUGUCUCCUGACAGAAGCAUCAACAUCUUCCACUGUCUGACGGAGAUGAAGGACCUCUCAGUCCAUCAGGACAUCCAAGAGUUCCUGAAGUCAGAGAACAGAUCAGAGAAGAGACUCUCUGAGAUCCACUGCUCAGCUCUGGCCUACAUGCUGCAGAUGUCAGACCAGGUCCUGGAGGAGUUGGACCUGAAGAAGUACAAGACAUCAUGGGAGGGACGACUGAGACUGAUGCCAGCUGUGAAGAACUGCAGGAAGGCUGAUCUUUCUGGCUGUGGACUCUCUGGUCCUCACUGUGAAGUGAUCUCCUCAGCUCUGACCUCUGACCCCUCCCAUCUGAAACAUCUGGACCUGAGUAGGAACGACCUGCAGGAUUCCUCAGUGAAGAUUGUGUGUUCUGGACUGGAGAGUCCAAACUGUAACCUGGAGACUCUGAGGUUGGAGCUCUGCAGUUUGUCAGAGAUCAGCUGUUCUUCUGUGGUCUCAGCUCUGAAGUCCAACCCCUCCCUCCAGAAACAUCUGGAACAUCUGGACCUGAGUGUGAACCGUCUGCAGGAUUCAGGAGUUUCUCAGCUGUGUGGUUUUCUGCAGAGUCCACUCUGUGGUCUGCAGACUCUGAGGUUGAGCUGCUGUGGUCUGUCAGAGACAAGCUGUGGAUCUCUGUCCUCAGCUCUCAGCUCUCAGUCCUCCAGUCUGACACAUCUGGACCUGAGUGACAACAACCUGAAGGACUCAGGAGUGAAGCUACUGUCUUCUGGACUGGAGAGUCCUCACUGUAAACUGGAAGUUCUCAGUCUGUCAGGGUGUCUGGUCUCAGAGGAAGGCUGUGCUUCUCUGGUCUCAGCUGUGAGAUCCAAGUCCUCCCGUCUGAGAGAGCUGGACCUGAGCGACAACCAUCCAGGAGACUCAGGAGUGGAGAAGCUGUUUGCUGCAGUGGAGGAUCCACAGUGCUCACUGGAGACUCUCAGGUUAGAAAGGGAGGGGCCUGCCAAAUCCCCACCAGAUCCCCACCCUGCCUCACCAUCAUUCACAUUGUCAUCACCACCACAACCAUCUGAUGAUGAUCCUCAACUCACAGCGGAGCCAUUCAGUGAAAACACCGACCUCGAGUGCUCAGAGAAAGACAAGGGCCCAUUCCACUUUGAGCCAAGCAUAUCAUAUGAGCAUGGAGGGAUUUCAUACAGGUUCAGAGGCCUUUGUCCGGGUGUGUUCCUGUGUAAGCUGACUGGAAUUGGCUUCACAAUGACUCGAGGGGGAGAGCUGCUGUACAAGAUCAUCCAGUGGGAUGAAGAACUCCUCCAAGCAGCUGGAAAAGUCCCUGCAGGUCCACUGUUUAAGAUCCAGGGUCCUGCCAAUGCUGUGUCACAGCUGCACCUCCUGCACUGUGAGCCGAACCCCAUCACACUUCCCACUGGCCUGUCUGCAGUCCACAUGAGUGAUGAAGGAAUCAGCAUCCUUGAACCACUGGAGAUAAAUGAAACUCAUGUUGUUGUAGACGUCAGUAAUUUUUCUGACUUUGGCUUGGUGAAAAAAAUUUGCAGAGUCCUAAAAAUUAAAAGACCGAUAAGUAGCCAGGUGCUGCUGUUCCACCGUCCAACCUGGACUGAGAGCAGCCAAAAAGUCAACGUCUUCCUGCUGCCAAAGAACAUCCCACUGGUCGAGGUGAAACAACAGCAGCAAAAUGCAUUCCACAUUGAGGCCACUUCCUCCUGUUGCCUCAUUGAAGAUCACACUUACACUCUGCAGUGUCCCGAGGCAAAGUUAGUCCAGCCCCAGAGUGUGCCGUUUGACCUCCACUGUGGACCGAAUUACCACCCAACGUUCGAGAUGCGGUUCAGCCUGGAUAAAACAGAGGCCACUGUCACAGUCCGCACACAGCAAGCAGAAUCUGUGUGGGAAUAUCAUGCAGACCUCACUCCUAAAGAAGGUAUUAGAUCGGCCUUGAGCUCUCAGCUCGUCUCGGUUCUACCUCCCGACAAUGAACCCAUCACAGCUGAUACCACAGAUGAUUCAGGAAUACCAGAUGUGGCAUCAGUGGAAAAGAAGCUGUUCUCCAUACGGAAAGGCUUCAUUGACAGAGUGUCCAGCUCUGUAGUGAAGGAUCUGCUGGACAUCCUUCUGCAAAGGGGGGUCAUAAACUACAACGAAAAAGCGGCAGACACCACACAGGGCUGGGCACAGUCUCCAGAGCAGGGCAAGGGGGAACGGUUCCUCAGCCGUGCCAUCAGGUAG